CCUACCCGGCCUGCCUUCCCAGCUAAAUCCUGCUAACCGCAAUCUCCAAAAGCAGCGGUGUUCUUUAACGUCUAUAGACUCCAGAGCCUUCCAAAUUCUUUCUCCAACUCAAUUGCUCAAUGUUCUAGACCCUUCCAAGCUCGGAACCCUCCAGACAAUUUCCAACCCCCUCUAUUUUUCUCCUCCACUUUCCCUCACUCUCCCACCUCUCUCUCUCUCUCUCUCAGCGUUUGCUUAUCUUUUUGUUCCUUGUUUUUGGGGCUCUGUAGCAUUGGGCAAUGGCCAAGUACGGCGAGGGCGACAAGAGAUGGAUCGUGGAGGACAGACCUGACGGCGCCAACGUCCACAACUGGCACUGGGCCGAGACAGACUGCAUCGAAUGGUCAAGAAACCUCUUGACCAAGCUCCUCUCGGAUCUCACCGUCCUCGACGGCGAGGGGGACCUCUACAUCAAGACCAAGAAGGUCGACAAGGUCGAGGGCGAGGCCUACGUCAACGUGCGCAAGGGGAAGAUCAUCCCCGGCUACGAGAUCAGCCUUACGCUCGCCUGGGAAGGCGAGGCCAAGGACGCCGACGGCAAGUCCUUGCUCAAGGCCGAUGGGUUUGUCGAGAUCCCCUACAUCGCCGACGAGAACGCUGACGAGGACCCGGACCUGAGGGUCUCGGUCAAGGACGAGGGACCCAUUGGGAAGAGGCUCAAGGAGGCCAUGCUGGCCAAAGGGAAGCCCUUGAUUUUGGAGAAGGUCAGGGUCUACGUGGAGAGCAUGGCUAAAGGUGGGCCUGCCAAGGAAGAUUUGGAGGUCAAGAAGGUCGCGCCCAAGGCUCAGCCCGCGGAUUCUCCGGCGGCGGCGACCACGGCGAAGCCAAAGGAGCCGGUGGUGGAGAAGAAGAAGGAGGCGAAGAAGAAGGGGUUCAAGACGAUAACUUUGACGGAGAAGUUUAGCUGUAGAGCGGGGGCUCUGUAUGAGAUUCUGAUGGAUGAGAAUCGGUGGAAGGGUUUUACGCAGAGCAAUGCGAGGAUUAGCAAAGAGGUGGGUGGGGAGUUUAGUAUCUUUGAUGGGUCGGUGACUGGGACCAAUGUGGAGUUGCAGGAUGGGAAAUUGAUUGUGCAGAAGUGGAGGUUCGGGAACUGGGCCGAUGGCAUUCAUUCCACGGUGAGACUCGCUUUGGAUGAGCCGGAACCUGGGCUUACCGUUGUCAAGCUGACGCAUACCGAUGUCCCUGAGGAAGACAGAUAUGGGAAUUCGACUGUGGUGGAGAACACCGAGAGGGGAUGGCGGGAUCUUAUUUUCAACAAGAUACGGGCAGUUUUUAGUUUUGGUAUAUGAGAUUUUUGAGAUAGAAUGUGGGUCAAGUGUAUAAUUUUAGUCGAUGUCGCUCUUUUCCCAGCAAUGAAAUAUGACUGAAAAUGUUCGGAUUAAUUGACACAUUGUUAAAUGUUGUGGAAUGUCUUGAUUGGGUGGUUUGCGUCUAGACUGUCUUUCGAACUGAACCAUCACUCCUUUUGUGUUUUCAGUAUAAGAAAUUCAUAGUUGAACUUAGAAAUUUGGUGUCAAUGGGAGAGAUGUGUCUUAUUAAGAUUAUGCUUCUGGCUA